AUGGGUAAAAAUAAACAUUCAUUUGAUGGUGAAAAAAAAGAAAAAAUGAAUAAAAAAAAUCAACAAGAAGAACAUGAUUAUACAGAAAUGCCACCAGGAUGGAAAGAACCAACAUUUACUAAAGAAGAUAAUCCACAUGGACUGAUUGCUGAAAGUUCAUUUGCGACUUUAUUUCCAAAAUAUCGUGAAAAAUAUCUUCAAGAAUGUUGGCCAUUAGUCAAAGCUGAAUUAUCAAAAUUUGGUAUUAAAGCUGAACUUGAUCUAGUCGAAGGUAGUAUGACAGUACGUACAACACGUGAUGCAUUUGAUCCUUAUAUGAUUGUUCGUGCACGUGAUUUAAUAAAAUUACUUGCUAGAAGUGUUCCUUAUGAACAAGCUGUGAGAAUUUUACAAGAUGAUAAUGUAUGUGACAUUAUCAAGAUAAGUUCAUUAGUACGUAAUAGAGAUCGUUUUGUUAAAAGACGACAACGAUUAAUUGGUUCAAAUGGAUCAACUCUUAAAGCUAUUGAACUUUUAACUAAUUGUUACAUUCUUGUUCAUGGUAAUACAGUUACAGCUAUUGGACCUCAUCCAGGCAUUCGACAAACAAGAAAAAUUGUUGAAGAAACCAUGCAAAAUAUUCAUCCAAUUUACAACAUAAAAACAUUAAUGAUAAAACAAGAAUUAGCUAAAGAUCCGAAAUUAAAAAGUGAAUCAUGGGAUCGUUUUCUUCCGAAAUUUAAAUCGAAAAAUCUUUCAAAACGCUUUAAACCACAUAAAGUUCGUGUUACGAAACCAUAUACACCAUUUCCUCCAGCACAACCAUUAUCUAAAGUUGACAAAGAACUUGAAACUGGAGAAUAUUUUGCUAGAGAAGCUGAACGUCGUCAGAAGAAAUCUGAAAAACAUCAAGUUAAAUUAGAUAAAAAUACUGAAGUAUCAAAACAACGAAAGAAAGAUAAACGAGAAAAGGAAUAUCAACCACCAAUGGAAAAAUCAUCUCAACCUAAACAACAAGCAACAACAGAUAAUACAUCAAAAUUAGUCAAAAAUGUUAAGAAGAAACUAAAACGUUUACAAGCCGAUUAA